AUGACAACUUUCCUACGUGUUAUGUUCAGCAUAGGAGUGGCAGAAUUUGUUCUUGGGAAUUUUGCGAAUGCCUUCAUAGCUCUGGUGAACUUCAUUGACUGGGUCCAGAGACGAAGGAUCACCUCCGCUGAUGCCAUUCUCACUGCUCUGGCUGUCUCCCGGAUUAGCUUGCUCUGGGUCAUCAUGGUAUAUGAGUUUGUUAUAAGGUUUGGUCCCACUUUAUACAGGGGCAAGACCAGACUGGUGUUUGGCAUUGCUUGGGCAAUAACCAACCAUUUUAGCAGCUGGACGGCUACUCUACUCAUUAUAUUUUAUUUUCUCAAGAUAGCCAACUUUUCCAACUUGACUUUCCUUCACCUAAGGAGACGAGUCACACGUGUCAUGGUGCUUGUGCUGUUGGGGACUUCGGUGUUUCUGUGUGCUGACAUUGCAUUGCUGCACGUGUGUGGGGAAAUGCGGAUGGAGGGUUGUGAAGGAAAUGCAACUUGGAACAAGGAAGUGAGGGACACCCUAAAGCUCUCCACGUCGGCCUUGGUCAUGCUAAUGGCCUUCAUUCCCUUUGUCACCUCCCUGGUCUGUGUUCUGCUGCUCAUCUACUCUCUGUGCAGGCAUCUCAAGAGGAUGGAGUGUCACACAGACAGGUCCCGAGACGGCAGCACCUCUGUCCAUGUGAAAGCGUUGUGUACAAUGAUCUCCUUCCUCUUGCUGUUCACCAUGAACUCCCUGCUCAUCAUUGCCGCCAGCUGGCGUUCCUAUAUGCCACUGGAUGCGUGGAUCCAACUGCUGUUGCAGACCUUUGCCCUCUUCUACCCUUCAAGUCACUCGUAUGUCCUGAUCUGGGGAAACAGGAAGCUGAAGCAGGCCUUUCUCUUGGUGCUGGGGCAGGUGAGGCUUUGGCUGAGAGACUGGAAACCAUUCAGGCUGUAG